AUGCCAUUUUCUCCUAGGCGCAUCAUCGGAGGGCCGCCAGGCUACGUCAACGGUAGUUUCUCCUCGGCUGAGCAAGAGCACCCCACUGCACCUAACCAGAACCAACAGCUCAGAUCGAACACGCCUCAUAUUGCCAGUCGAGGGCCUCGAAAACAAUCAAAAUUCUUUGCCAAAAGAGGCGGUGCUGUGAUGAUCUCGCGGCCUCCCAGUGGAUAUGCAAGCAGCUCGGGAAAGAGCACUCCUGAUUUUGUCAAUGGUGGGCCAGUCCGUCGAUUCACGCAGACCCCUGGGCCAGGGAAUAAUGGACCCUUCAAAGCGCCUCCCCAACCCCCGUUCCCGCAAACGCAACAAUUCUUCGGACCUGGCAACAAUGGCCAUGCUCAUAAGAGAGCGGCCUCGUCGUUUUCGUCUGCCGAGAAUGGCACAUGUCCUCCCAACAAGAGCGAGCCAGCUGUUAGUUCUGGUCCACCUCUAUUUCUUACCAAGAACGGACGCUCAUCCGCACCCCGGGCUACGAUGGCGAACUCGACACGCGGUCAAACACCGGCCCCGCUAUCCAAGGAACUGGCAAUUGUGCGAAAUGACCAGGAGCGCAAUGGAAAAUUCGCGGCAGGUGUUGUGCACCCUUCUGGAGGCCUGGAUGCAGUGCGAGUCUAUGAUAUGUUCCAUUUCUACAACUCGAUCAAGGAUUGGGUGGACAAGUACUGCAGCGCUGUCAAUGAGAGCGCGAUGCACAACAUGAGCCGUCAACACCCGCGUCUCUGGGACUAUGCAUGCACUGUUACAUACCCGAAUAACAGACACAACGCCUCGAGCCACGCGCUUUACAUGCUUCUCAACAAGCCGUAUCGCAGUUUCUUCAUCUCACGACUUGUCAUCCAAUUUUUUGUCCAGCAGAUGUGGAACUCACAAGCGUGGGAGGGCAUGGAUGAGCAACUGACAGAUUUGCUAAUCAGUGUCAAGCACAGGCUUGACUUCAAGUAUGGAUACGACGCUGCCCUACAGCCUCAUGAGCGCCACGCACUCGUCGAUAAGCGCUCGCGCGCCAUCAGCGAUUUCAUCAACAGACCCAGCUGGAGCAAGUUCCAGGCACAGAAGGUGACCUAUGCAAUGUCCCGCGCCAAGGAUAUCCUUGGACCGAUGCUGGAUUUGGAGAAGGUGGAUCGUGACAGCGCAGACCACGAGCUUCACAUCAUUUGUGAGGAGGGCGUGGAGCUGUCCACCAAACUCUUCACCUCCCCCCUCUCGUUCCAGUUCAUCUUCAACGAAUGCGGUAUCAAGUUCAGCGACCAGUCUCACCGACCUCUGAACUCGAGCAUCCCAUCACGCGAACUACAGGCCCACCACUGGCGCGUGAUGUGUGUUGUUACGCCUGGUAUCACGUAUCGCAACGACGCCGGUGUCAGUGUGGACCCGCGCUUCUUGGCCAAGGCCAAUGUCCUUCUCAUGCAGUAA